CCAUAAUGCACUGAGCCACGGCAUGUGCCUUUCUGUGUCAGCCAUUUUGUAGUUUCCUUGAGAAAUUGUGUGUUGAGUUGAUUCUUCCUCUCGUUUCCUUUAUCGAGUAAAAUUUUUACUGCAGACAUAUUAAGUAACCAUUCGACCGCAUUAAAUAGAUAAAAAAAAAAGUAUAUAUAUAAUGGUACGUGUACAUGAAUGGGGACAUUGGGAAGCUCCCACCAGGGGCGGUUUAUCCGACCACCCCUGAAACUUUGGGUCCAGUUACGGUUGCGAUUGAAAGUAAUGCAUCUAAUAUAGAAUACAGCAUCAUGAAUGGAGCACAAAGUGGAAAUGAAUUAACCCUUGAUGCAGGUGUUAAUCUAUUGGAGUCUUCGUCGCAACAUGCCGUAGGUAUUGCAGGUGCAGUAGGAUAUAAUCGUGUAGAUGUUGCUACAUUAGGUGAUGUGUCAACUCCUCCAACCACGAUGGCAGAUCUGUCUGCUUCUGGCAUACCUCUGGAUCAACUCAAACAGAUGCUCUCUUCACAGCUUGAAUAUUAUUUUUCCAGAGAGAAUUUAGCCAAUGAUACAUAUUUAUUAUCGCAAAUGGAUAAUGAUCAAUAUGUACCCAUAUGGACAGUAGCUAAUUUCAAUCAAGUGAAGAAGUUAACAAAAGAUAUAAAGCUUAUAACAGAAGUGUUAAGAGAGUCUCCAAAUGUCCAAGUGGAUGAAGAAGGUCAAAAAGUAAGACCUAAUCAUAAACGGUGUAUUGUCAUUCUGCGUGAAAUACCUGAUAGUACACCAUUGGAAGAAGUUAAGAAUUUAUUCUCUGGUGAAGGAUGUCCAAGGUUUAUUUCUUGUGAGUUUGCUCAUAAUAGCUCUUGGUAUGUAACAUUUGAAUCUGAUGAGGAUGCUCAAAAGGCCUAUAGGUUUUUACGUGAAGAAGUUCGAGAAUUUCAGGGAAAGCCAAUAAUGGCUCGAAUCAAAGCUAAACCAAUGAAUAGGUUACCAAUACCUGUUGUUGCUGGAGUAGGUGGCAUCAAAAAUGGGUAUAGAACUCCACCACCACCGCCCGUUUAUGAUCCGAGUAAUUAUACGGCUGGACAACAACGCUUCCUAUAUACAAACGGUACCACUAUGCCACAAACUACUAUGCCACCUUAUGCUAAUCAGGUUCAUGUUUAUCAUCAACCUUUUUAUCCUGCUGGAAUGAUGCCUUGGGGGCCAGCAAGUCCUGCUUAUUUCGAUAUGUCCAGUGUUUUCACAAUGAAUCGAAUUACCCCUCAUAGUACAUUUAAACCUCAUAAUACAAGAUACAAUCCAAGACACAGAAAUAAACAAAGAAAUGGUUCUGAAAGAGGUUGUCCAAUGGAUAGUGGAGGUGGGAUGGUACCUAUAGGUCGUACAUCACAUCCUCCAAUAAGUGGGGGACCAGUAUCUUUGGCAACGCCAUCUCCUACUUUUACAUCCAAUUUACCUACAAUAAAACCUACUUCUGUUUCCUGUCAGAGCGGCACAAAGUUCCAUUCCUCUCAUGCAGGUCUGUCUACUGCGGAAAUGCAAUAUAACAGUAACCACUCAACAAAAGGGCCACAAGAAAACGAUGUACAGACGUUGGAAUCUGGAGGACAAUAUCCACGUCAUCGUAUACAUCGCCGGACCAAAGAUCAAGAUACUAUUUCCAAGGCUAACAAUAAUGCUCUACCAUCGAUCAGGGAGUCCACUGUUAGCAGUAAUAACAACACACAAUACAAUCGAGGGGUACAAUUUGACUUGGAAGCUUCUGCUUUUCCCCCUCUUCCUGGCCUAGACGCCGACCUUACGAAAACCCAUAAUACAUCUAUAGAAACUGUUAAUAACGACAGUUCACAGUCACAAAAUAGACUGUCAGAUGUGGUAAAGGGAACAGCAAAACUAAAAAAUAUAAAGGAGAAAGAUUCCGCGACUAAUUAUCAACAGUUGGCAAAUAGCAGUAGGUCGGCAAGUCCUGGAUCGAGCGCUGGUGGACAUACUGGUUUAUUAGAGGCUACCACUGGUUCUGGAGGUGCAAAUACACCUGCUGUACCCACAGUCUCAAUCUCCAAUCCUUCUGCUAGCAACACUGACUCCACAGACAUCGCCCUCAGCACCAUCACCCUCACUCCUCCGUCGUCUCCCGAUAAGUAUAGUUCUUUCUUACUGAAAUGCACCGCUGACAGAUCUAUAAAGACUGAUGACUUGAACAUGAUGAAUGGUGUGGAUGAGGCCAUAACUACAAAUACAAAUGCAGCAGAAGAGUCUGAUCCAGUGACCAGGUGCGCUUGUAACAUCCCUACUGCCUCACAGAAUUCCCAGUUACAUACUGGAGUUACAUCUGCCUUUCCUUUAGAUGUUACAAAGCCAAGCUAUGCUCAAGUAGCACAACAUUGUCGUGACUUACCUUGUACAAAACAUAAAACAGAUGAAAAAGAUGGAAACAUCUAAACUAUUAAAUACUGCUACAAUGAAUUUCAAUAUUUAGCUAUAUUACCAUUAAUUUGGGUUGAAUGGAUUGAAUGCGCUACUGCUUUCAUCCUAAAGUGGAUGUGGUGGAAACGAAGAAAACUUUUUACAUUGUACAGUGACUUUGCCUACAAUGAAUGUGUAUUGAUUAACUAUGGAUCAUAAACAAAUUAUUUCGAGAGACAGCGAUUGCCCUACAUUUAAGAGUUACGUUUACUGGCAGAACAACAUGUUGCAUAGAAGAAUAUUGUUAUUGUUUUGGUUCUGUAAUUUUGGAGGUACAUAUUUGUUAGCUUGUAAAAAUAUUAAGCUAAUGUAUUAAUCUUUUAA